UCACUCGCACUCCCUCAUUCUCGCUCUGUUGCCAAGGCUACCGCACAGCCUCUUGCUGCAUAUACCUAGAUGAAGCUGCCGCCUGUGGAUCUUACUCUGCUCCAGGAUACAAACAAUAGCGAGGCCAUCACAAUUGUCAUGGCUCUUUCUCACACGCAAACACGCACCGCUUAAGUCCCUGCGGCUUCCGCCAGCCUCGCAUGUGUCUUUCACCCCGUCACCAUCGGUCUGUCUCCUCCUCGCGUGCGAGCGCGCAUCAUCUCCAGCAGACAGAGGAGCGGCAAAGGAAUUGGUAUUUGGCUGCUGCUCUUUGGCUCAGAGGGAGAAGAGCACCAGAUGGCCAUUUGAAGGAGAGCUCAGUCAGGUUGCUGCUCAAUGGCCAACAUUGACUGGUUGGCGCAAGAUACAGGAUUUCUCUUCAUCAUGUGAUCUGACUCCCACGCCAUCCUUUCCUUCGCUCUACCUUAAGAGCCUUCUCUCAACAGGAGGAUCAUGACCCGCCGCCUGAGCAGCUCCACCCGCUCCCACACCGAGGACUCCAUCUUCCUCAGGCCUGAUGAGGACCCCGUUUGGCUGGAUGAGCCCACAAAGACAGGAAAGAGAGUUGAUGGAGCCACUAAGACGGAAGGCUUGCUAGGAAGCAAAGACGGAAGCACGGAGGGGAAAAGUUCACAAAAGGAAGAAGUGUUUUUGCACAAAGUCUACGCAUUGGUGGUUGAGUUCCACUACUGGGUCACCCUCUUUUUUGUCUCCCAAGUCACGGGGUACUGGAUGUUCUUUGUGGUGGAAGGAAAUGGGCCAUUUGCCUCUAUCUAUAAAGCUCUCCAGGUCAUCGACUUCUGUCUCGGGUUUGUCUUACCCUGCCACCCGAUAUUCGGAAUGGAUUCCGUGGCGCUGAGGCAUGUGGUAAACACGACACAGCAAGCAUGGAUCAUCUACGUCACUGCAGGCAUUGGCGUGGCCAUCUGUGUUUUUAUGGUUAUCCACAUGGUGUGUAGGUGGCGUUACGGCACUGGCUUAUGGUCAUCGGGAAACACUUCAAGGGACAUUGGAGAUAGACGUCAAUCUGUGAGCCGCCAGCCCUCCUUCACCCUGUCAGAGUGGACGGAUGCCCAAGAGGACCUGAUGGAUCUGGAUGCCGUGCCUCAGACUCCAGUCUUUGAAAUAGGAACUGACAUCAAGCCAGAGGGAGAUGCGGCAACUCUCACAGUCACACCAGUGGGGCUUCAGGAGAGGAGAGGCUCCAAUGUUUCACUGACCUUGGACAUGUGUACACCGGGCUGCACGGAGCCUUACGGCUACGGAGCGCAGCUUUCCCCUAGAGACCAGUCAGCCCAAGAGUACCUCCGGCAGGGAACACACAUCCUCACCCCUGCCAUGCUACACACACGGGCCAUGGAUGACCAGAGCCUGCAGGCUGAGUUCUAUGAAACGCCCAUGAACUUUGUGGAUCCUAAGGAGUACAACUACCCAGGGCUUGUGAGAAAGAACCGCUACAAAACCAUCUUACCCAACACACACAGCCGAGUGAUUUUAAAGUCACAAGAGGAAGACGAUUUCCUCACUACAUACAUCAACGGCAAUUAUCUCAGAGGUUAUGGGGGUGAAGAGCGUGCUUACAUCGCCACGCAGGGUCCGACGGUUAACACGGUGGGGGACUUCUGGAGGAUGGUGUGGCAGGAGAGGACCCCAAUCAUUGUGAUGAUCACUAACUUGGAGGAGAAAAAUGAGAAAUGUGCCGAGUACUGGCCUGAGGACACUGUGACCCACGAGGAGAUUGAAAUCACCGUUGUUACGGUUACACAGGAGGACGACUACAGUCUGAGGGUGUUUGCGUUGAAGUGUGGAGAUGAGGAGCGGAGUCUGCGGCAGUACUGGUACACCUCAUGGCCUGACCAGAAGACUCCAGACAAAGCGCCACCUCUUUUGGAACUAGUCCAGGAAGUGGAAAGAGCCAGGGAGGAGGCCCCACCCACUAGUGGACCUAUAAUUGUGCAUUGCAGUGCUGGAAUCGGUCGGACUGGCUGCUUCAUUGCCACCUCCAUCCUGUGUAAGCAGCUAAGGAUGGAGGGUGUGGUUGACAUCCUUGGAACUACCUGCCAAUUGCGCCUGGACAGGGGCGGGAUGAUCCAGACAUGCGAGCAGUACCAGUUUGUACAUCACGUCCUCAGCCUGUAUGAAAAGCAACUGUCUCACGCCUCUGAAGAGUAGUGCUUGCACCCCAGCCACGCCCACACCGAGACACGCCACUGUACACUGUACCGCUUCUGGCGGUAUGCACCACUGUACCAAGCAUUAUGUCAUAUGUCACCCUUUAAAAAAAGGUCACAUCAUCAUCUUCAUCAAUGACAGAUUCAUGCAGGCUUCUUGAACAGUAACCUGUAAUUGUUCCAACAAUAAAGUAGGCAUGUCAACUGCUACAUAAUUAUCCUACUUACCCAAAAUAUUCUCAUUUGCCAUCCUGAGGUUAUUACAUUUAUCUGCAUGAGAAACCACAGAUUCAUGAGCUAGCAUCCGGCGCUGGUGUGUGCAUUUAGGGUUAAAAACCUUCUACAGGCAUUAAUUGGAAUUAAUAGGAAUUACUGAGAAUCAACCAAAAUAAAUGGAAAUUAAGUUUAGCAUUAGGAAAAUAAUCAUAUUCAUAUUAAAUGUUGAAUUUAGAACAAACUGAAAUUUCAAAAAUGCAGCGUCAUGUAGUUUCAACACAGAUUGGAUUAAACUACAAGUCACUCAUUAUUUGAAGUCAAACGUUUUUUGUUUUUUUGUUUUUAGAGAUUAUUUAUUUUGCUGCAUAUCUACUUAUGACAACAGAAAAUGUUUUGUCAUUAUUAUUUUUUUUAAUGAAAGUACUCCAAAUUUCCUGACAAUCGCAAGCAUGAAGAGUGUCCAACACUGUUUUCAGAAUUCUUUAGCUGGACUUCCUAUAGUUUUUUUUUUUUUUUUUAAUGAAUUAAAAACAAGCACUACCAUAUCACAGCAUUACAUUUACACUAAAUCUUGCUUGGUUAAUGUUUUCCAUCAUGUCUUAUUCUUAUGAUUUUAAAGAAACACACACACAAGUCCUGUUUCUGUAUUUGAUACAUUCAGGAGCCACCUCAUCUUCAGGUUGCAUGGUGCUAAGUGUUCCUUCAAGGCAUGUGCAAUGUAAUGGAACAAAGGAAUGUAAAACAGUUAGGUAUUUAUUGAACAAAUUAGGAUUUUUGUGCAACCUACAGUACACUAGUUCUACCACGCUGCCUGUGCAGUUCUCAUGGUUCAUGAUGUUUACCAUGUUAAGGCCACAUCGACAAACUAUCAGAGUCUUCACAGAGCCAGCAAGGUUGCGAGGGAGCCGCAGCUCAAGCCAAAUGCUACGUGUUCAGAAAGACCUUCUGUGCUUGUGAAAAUCCCGUUUAUGUUGUGCUCCUUCGAGCCACUUGCUCUGUGAUGCCUCUGCUCUCAAUCGUAGCUUCAACACAUGCGAAAGUUAGACGCCCAUGAUUGUUGUAUAGACAGGUCUAGCCGAAUCUGUGUGAAGCACAAUAUAACAACUAAGGUUGUCACUCUUAUGUUCAGCUGUAAAGCUUUUGUUUUUCCUUUCCUGUAUCGUUUAACGGAUUGCAUGUGCUGUAUGGGACUCCGUCUGUCCACAAUCAAAGCGACGUGAUGGGUUGUCCUGCUUUUUGUUGUGUAAAAUGGCGUUAAAGCCUACUAUAUUGCUUGCUCUCAGCCAAUGCUUUUGAUACAGUUUGCUUUUUGUGAAAUCAACCAGAGAUAUUUUUAGAACAUUUUGAUACAAUCCUUUUGUGUAGAUGCCUUGUGUGCAUUUUCAUCUCCACCAUGAUGUACAUACAUAGGUCAUACUGUGAAUUACGACGAACAUAAAUUUUUAUUGCAAGAUUGAAGACAGAACAAAAUGUGACAAGAUAUCUUACAGUACACCAAAAUUAAUUAUGUUCAGUCUUCAGUAGUAUUAUAUUCUGUACUUAAGCUUUGCUCUAAUAUGCUUUGCUGUUUGUGUUAGUUUUUACUGUUUUGUUUUUCAGAGAAUUUUACCUCAGACUGAGUAACACAGUCCCCAGUGCAGUCCAUCUUGGACUCUCAAACACAUCAAAAGGAAUUGCUAUGUGCAAGGCAGCUAAAACAGUUCAGACCUACAUAUUUUUCCUUAGAAAAAAAGGCUAAAUCUGUUGCAACGAUAGAAUUGAAAGUGUAGAUCCCAGCAAAAUAACAUUUCUGUUUGUCACUUUACCGAAUACUCUGUCUACUGAAAUUCACAAAAAAUGUUUUACUUGUUUAAAAUGCUUACAUUAUCUCAUUGUAAGAAUACAGGAAGAAAUGAUUAAAUAAGAAUAGCAAAAUAGUCAAAAUACAGAAAACCAGCAAUCAGUAUUCCUUUCCUCUGCAACAGUAUUGCUUUAAGUUGUGAAUUUUUGCGAAUAAAAAUCGAUUUUCAUGAACCUG